AUGCUCAGAUUAUCCUCAGACUCCUCCUCAGAUUAUCCUCAGACUACUCAGAUUAUCCUCAAACUCCUCAGACUACUCCUCGGUCUAAUCCUCAGACUACUCCUCGGUCUAAUCCUCAGACUACUCCUCAGAUUAUCCUCAGACUCCUCCUCAGAUUAUCCUCAGACUCCUCCUCAGAUUAUCCUCAGACUCCUCCUCAGAUUAUCCUCAAACUCCUCCUCAGAUUAUCCUCAAACUCCUCAGACUACUCCUCGGUCUAAUCCUCAGACUCCUCCUCAGAUUAUCCUCAAACUCCUCCUCAGAUUAUCCUCAGACUCCUCCUCAGAUUAUCCUCAAACUCCUCCUCAGAUUAUCCUCAAACUCCUCCUCAGAUUAUCCUCAGACUCCUCUUCAGAUUAUCCUCAAACUCCUCAGAUUAUCCUCAGACUCCUCCUCAGAUUAUCCUCAAACUCCUCAGACUACUCCUCAAACUCCUCAAAUUAUCCUCAGACAACUCCUGAAACUACUCCUCAGACAACUCCUCAGAUUAUCCUCAAACUCCUCAGACUACUCCUCAAAUUAUCCUCAAACUCCUCAGACUACUCCUCAAACUCCUCAAAUUAUCCUCAAACUCCUCAGACUACUCCUCAAACUCCUCAGACUAUUCCUCAAACUCCUCAAAUUAUCCUCAAACUCCUCAGAUUAUCCUCAAACUCCUCAGACUACUCCUCAACCUCCUCAGAUUAUCCUCAAACUCCUCAGACUACUCCUCAAACUCCUCAGACUACUCCUCAAACUCCUCAGAUUAUCAUCAAACUCCUCAAACUACUCCUCGGUCUAAUCCUCAGACUCCUCCUCAGAUUAUCCUCAGAUUAUCACUUUACAUAUAUAUAUAUCGAUAACUAA